CAGCCUAAGCCAGGAGUCCGGACACCGACGUGAGUAACUGGAGACACAGAGGAGUUUGUCUGUCAUUUUCGUCGAUUUCUCUUGUUUAUGGUGUAGGCAGUUGAUUAUUUCGUCCCCACAGUGAAUGGGAAGAAGAGAGAGGAGAGGAAUCCGUGAGAAAAGCGGGGGUUAAAGGUGAAAGAAGAGGAGAAAAGAGGACGAGAGAGAGAUCAUCAUCAGCUGCCAUCUGUCUGCCUGUCUGUCUGUCUGUCUCCUCAGAACAUGAAGGACAACUAACUCCACCGCCUGGAAGGGUCUCGGAAGCCACCAGUCCGUCCCAGCCGCCUGUCUUAGUGCCAACGCUUUGGGUCGCCUCCCUCCAUUCGAGGAGCCCACCCCCAAUGCCUAUCUACUCAUCUACAAUGGCCGGCGAUGUGUGGGGCCAGUGGUUUGCUUGCUGCAUCACGCAACAGCCACAGCGUCGACGUCGGCGCAUUGAUCGCACCAUGAUUGGGGAGCCAAUGAACUUUGUGCACACCGGCCACAUUGGCUCGGGCGAUGUGCAAAUGGGGAACAACCAGCUGGUGCAACUGCAGACGCAAAUGAAGAGCAAAGGAGGCUAUGAACAAGCCCUGCCGCACAAUCACAUGUUGACGGUCGUGCCAGUGCAGAGAUCAUAGAAAUUGUACACCUAGAGGAUGCAUUUGCCAGGUUCUUCCAAGCUAUCCUGAUACCAUCUCGUACUCCAUGCUGAUGUCUGCCAAUUCAGUGCUGGAGUGGUUAUUUUAAGUGUUAAGCAGAGAGUGGAAGACACAGAUCUUGCCAUUUAGGAGGUCUUAGUAUGUGCUACGUCUCAUGUCCAUGGUGCUCCUUUUAUUCAGGUCUCUUACCUUUCUCCAGGUGUCGGUGUCAUGUGUAUGAAGAAGAGUAUGUACCAGAGUGGUAGGACCUGUUAGUAAUCAAUACUUCCAACUGCAUUUACUACAGUUUUGAGUGUAAGGCUUCUGAUGAUGGCACUGCAUUUUUUAUAACCUUGUAGAUUGUCAAUUUUGUAAACAAUGCAUUUAUUUCCUGUUAAAAGUCCUUUCAUAGAACCUCAUGCUCAAAUUUUUGGAUGAAUAUAUUAAAUGUCAAGAGAUGUGAUGUUGAAUGUUGUUAGGAGAGAACACGUCAGUAGAGGUACAAAAACUGUUAUUUAAUAAAUGGUGGUCCAUUGUGAAUGGACUGUAUGCACAAUUCCUAUCUGCACAAGUGAAAAUACUUAGAAUUUUAAAAUUUUCUUUUAAUAUCAUUUUUAAAAAAUCUCUCUAUUCCCUAUUCCUGUACAUGCAGUGAGACCUUCUAGAAAAUCAUGGCACAAGAUUUUACCGAAAUUUAAUUUUAGUGCUCAUUAGAUUCUCAUACCAUAAAUUGAUUUAAGACUCGUUCAUUAUUUUUGCUGCAUCGUUUUAAACCCUACUUUGCUAAUGUCUUUCCUUGGAGUGUGUCAUAUGUUAUGUAACUCCACCUACUAUAGUCUUCUGUGGGCAAUUACAUUGGGUUUUUUUUUAUAUAAAGCUUUGGGGCUUCACAUUAAGGAGAUGGUAUUAUUUAGUUGCUAAGGGAGGGCACUGUUUCAUGAUAUUUUUUGUACAAAUAGUGAAUGAAUGUGAGAAUGCAAGUAGCAUUCUUUUUUUUCUUUUUUUUCUCUCUAUCUCUCUCCAUCUCUUUUUCUCUAUCUCUCUCUCCCUCCCAUAAGGAAAGUACUGUCUUUGUUCACUUUUAACUUUGCAGUGCAUUUAAUACCAAGAUCUUGAAACUCUUUAAGUAAGGGUGCGGGAGGCUUGACUUUUGUGCUCUCUUGUUUUCAGUAUAUAUAUUUAGAGCGAAUCUGCUGUUUCUGAACUUAUAGUGCAAGCUGAGAGAUCUGUCGUAUGUAAUAUAAAAUUCUAACCCCAUAUUUUAAUGGCAAGAUGAAUGUUGAACAUAGAAGGAAAGGCAAAGAACUAUUGCCGUAUAUUUCUACAAUGGAGAAAAGAAAGAAAAUGGUGAUAAUAUAGGAAAUAUGCCAAAUAUGUAUAGAUUUUACACACACUAUUUUGAUAAGGGACAAGUCCGAUGAAAGAUCCAUUCAUUUUUAUCCUUUUAUAUUCCGUAUUUGUUUGUGGUGCUCCCAUGUCUUUCUGCACUUCCAUUUCCUCGAAUCUCAUCCCCUCCAGCAUUGCAAUCGUAAGGCUGUACAAAGCAAUUUAAGAAGAAGAAAGAAAAAUGACUGGGUUGGCUGUGUACGCCCUGAAUCGUGGAGAUCAGUUCAUUCUUUAAUUUAAUCAUUUGCACAUUAUCAUUAUGAUGCCACAUGAGUGGUUUGUGAGCCAAGAAUUUUGAUCUGUUGAUGUAUUUGAUUUGAUUAAUUGGUUAUUGUGGUUACUUAGAUUACCAUUAUUAUCAUUAUUAUUAUUAUAUUAUUGUUAUUAUUAUUAUUAUUAUUAUAUCAUUGUUAAUAUUUAUCGCUAUUACUGUUGUUUUUAUCAUCAUUUUCAAUAUUCAUGUUAUUAUCUAUAUUAAUAUUGUUAUUUCCAUUAUUAUUAUUGGUCUUAUGACAUUAUUUUUAUGUCAUGGUGGGACUGGCACUAAUAGAAUAUCAUAGGUGCAAAUCUCUCAGGUAGUUGAUUUCUAAUAAAAAAGAGUUUUUUGAUAGAAGGUGCCAUGAAUCUUAAACCAGUCCCAGAUCCUGUUUCAUUUCAUUUUUCAUUAUGAUCAUUAUUUUUAUUAUUUUUUUGUAAUUCCAUUUCAGUGUCAUAGGCAGGUUAGAACCACGUUUUACUGUUCUGCUAAGCAUUCCAGACUGCCUGUAGUUAAUGUUAUGAUGAUCAUAUUUUUUGUCAUUAUUUUUUCAUGUCAGCCAAUUUUUUUUUUCUUUCCUUUUUAUACAUGCAUAAAACAUCGGUAAUGACAACAAAUCCUGUGUAAAUACUUCAAUACCUGCGUAACCAAAC